GUUCAGGCCGCAUUCGCUUCACGAUCAGUCGUUCGUCGCGCGCGCGCCCAGCUGUCAGCUGUCACAUUAUCGGCGCUCCUUGACGUUCCGAUUUUUCGAUUCGUGCCGACGCGCGUGUAAAAUCCCUCCCACAGGAUAUUCACGAACAAGAUCGAUCAUCCCUUCGUAAUAACUAUUCGGAAAAUUUAUUUUGACCAAGGAAAUUAAAUUAUUUAUUAUUAAGCUGAUUUGUGCCAAGCCUGGUAAAAGUUUUGUUUUGUUGUUAUUGUGACGAUGACGGGCAAAGUUUGAUGACUCUCGAGAGGAAUUAUAUAGUCGCAGAGUGGAAGUGACAUUCGUCGAAUAGUGACCCUCCAACACGUCGUCGUCAGCCGGCUCCGCUUUCUCAUCGUUGAUUUCGAAGUAAUCGGUGAACCGGCCAAUUACCAUCGCGCCGGAAGUUCGGGGAGUGACAACAACACACAUUCAACGCAGUGUCGUAUCGCGAUCACAUUCUGGCUAGGCUUGCAAUAUUAAAAGCCGCGAGUCGACAUGUAAAAUAGUGCAACGUUUGUCACGUUCAAAUAUAAUAAUCAUUGUAUCACUCGCUGCGUGUCGUUGUACCAAUUACGACUUAUCACGACUCGUCGUGAUAAGCUCCGCGGAUUACGGCGCCGGGUGAAAUCGGCGUCACAAUUAAUUAAUUUCAAUCGGGUCGCGAUUGUAAGUGUUUUGUAUGUGUGACGGGCGCGUUUCUCUCUCCUCAGGUUCCUCUUCCUCGUUUCGCGGUGGAGCGAGGAGAAACGAGUUCUCGCAAAACAAUGAUAAAUUGGAGCGAUCGAAUCGUCGAUCCCGUCGAGCGUUUAGAAAUCGUCAUCGAUCGUCGACGAGAUUGAACUCUCGAACAGAACAAUUCCAUUGACAUUCGUCGGCGAAUCCAUCCAUAAUAGCUUGCAAAUCGGAGCAGGCGUCAUUGACGCGACGAGAAUCGCGCGGGAUCAUAUUCGCGCGUCGAUUAAAUUAAAAAAAAUAGCGACGAUCAACAACAAGAAGGACGACCGACAGUGCGUAGCGAGCGAAUGCGAUAACGAGGCGACACACUGCGAAAGAACGUCGUCAGUGGAAAGGAGAUCCCGGCCGGCGUUCCUUCCUUUCUCGACGAGCCAACAUUGGCCAACAAGACAACCACAACCAUCAGCAGCUGCUGCUACUUUGAACGAGACUCUGCGCGCGAAUUUCGGUUUUCCGCUUCGGAGCCGAAGCCGAAAAACUCGUAGCGCUUUCGACGAAAUCCCAGCCUGUUGAUUCUGCGAUUUGUAAAGGCGAUUGCAGAGGACAGGGAGGGAGAGAGAGAGAUAUGACGAACGACGCAAAUUGAUAGUGAGAGGAAGCAGCUCGGAAGAGAAGCCAAGAUGAUGAUGCCACCGCCGCAAGUCGUGGGUGUUUUGUUAAAGAAACCAGGGCAGCAAACGCAUCCGCGAUUGCCUCCCUUGGAUCCGCAGGAGACCAAAAUUAAAGGGGAGCUGUACGUGGAAGAUCUGACCGAAAGGAAAACGGUUUCCAUUAGGAUGGGUUGGCUGUGGGUCGAAGGUACUCCGAUGAGGCUACCACUGAGAGCGUUAAAUCUCCGUCAAGCACCAGCCAGCAUCUAUCAACCGCACACGUUUGCUCUGGGUUUUACCCUGAGCGAUUCGGAGGGUCGUUCUCUCGCCACAUUUUGGGCGGACACGGAACCGAUCUAUUGGUCCUGGGUCAGAGCGAUCGCGGCUGAACUGGUGCGGCAAACACCGUUUCGUGCACAACGAUGUUUGAACUUUCUGGAGAUACUAACUAUCUGCCCGAGAGGGCCGAUCCCGUUGCCAGACAGCCCUACGGAAACCAGGAGACGAUCCCGCAGCGAAUUACGUUGCUGGCCGAGCGACUCGCCGUUGGAGAAGACGACGAUGAACGCGACGACUAUAGUCCUCGACGAGUCCAGGAGGAGGGCGAGGAGCGAGUUGCGCGGUUGGUCCAGCAGCAACUCCAGCGACGAGGACCUCCUGGGGGAAUAUCGGAGUAUACCCGCUGUGAUAAGCGCCAAGGACCAACCGGUCGGCAGAGCGUGGGGUUGCAGCGAGAGCAGCGAAGGUAGCGACGACAGUCUCCCUUGGGGCGGCGUAUGCCGGUCCAGCGUGGACUCGGUCGACUCCAGCAGCGUUCCCCUGUCCUUGCCGGAACCGGAGACCAGGGAGCAGAGAAUACAGAGGUAUAAGGAGGCGCGCAGACGCGAAAACGAGGCGAGAAGUCGACGAGUUCUUGAAGAAGAUGCGAGGCGACGUAGAGCGAAUGCCGAGGAGAACAACAACAAUCUGCCCAAGAUCUUUGGUAGAUCGAGGAGCAGGAUUGUCGUUGAUUCCUCGAACGACAACGAUGACGUGCCGCCGAUGCGAAAUGAAAAUUCGAUCGUCAGCCGAUUACCUCCGGUUAAGUCGAACGAAUCGUCCACGGUGAGGUUCUCCACCGAGGAAAGUCAUCGGAACGAGGCCGAUAAGCGAAACAAUAAUAGUGGCCCCAGAAACGGAAACGGCAAUCCUGGAAUACUCAGGUCGGACGAGAGGAGAAGUCGUGCGCGAGAGAGAAGGAUCUUUCGCGAAAAGGCGCAACAAGCAUCGAGCACCGUCACCAACGUUACGAACGUGGAGACUCUUCGGGAACGCAAAGAGCGCCUGGCUCUUCUGUCGUCCAAGAUCCCCGUUUCUCGUCAAUCGUUGCAAUUCUGCUCGAGGUCUAUCGACUUCCCGAAAUCGCCAGGCUCUCCGUCGACUCUGACGCAGCCGCCUUGCGAGGAGGAUGUCGCCAAGCUUCUGGAGCGAUGUCAAAGGGUGGACCACUACGUGACGGUGCGAGAGAAGCUCACCUUGUUCGAGUCUCUCUCGCGACUAGGCGGUCGUCUCGCUAGGAGCACGGAGGAUCUCGGCCGAACGUCUUCGAAGCCGAGUCCCAGAGGCAAGCAACGCGCUCGAUCUCUUCACGAUCUCAAUCGGGGCGCGAGGGCCGUGCCCGUACGGGUAAUGUGUCGGUUUUUCGAGGGCGAUCCUUUAGAACAAAAUGGCUGUCCGAAGACGACGAUCCUUACCAAAACGAGAUUCAGCGAUCCAUCCACGAAGAGCACCGCGUGGAAAGAUCCGACUUCGAAGCAGGAAGCGCCCUGCAUCAGCGCCUCUGCGAGGAAGAAACAUUUCUUAAAGUGAUUGCGACUGAUAAAUCGCUGUUCCAGUUCUACUCGAGAUUAGAAAAUUGUUUCGAGUUCCCGAUAGUCUCUCGCCAAUUAUCAUAUCUCCUUUCUCCGCGUAUGAAUGCUCAUGAAACGCGUGCAAAUUAUUGCGACUAGUGUAAAACGAGAAAAUAUUUGUCAACCGAGUGAUUUAUAAUAAUUUUCUGAAAAAACAUAGAGGCUUCCAUGAAUACCAUCGUGACUGACUGAAAUUUUUUUUUUCUCUAGCGCGUUAAGGCGAAUUUCUCGGGACAACUCGCGAGAAUUUCUCUGUCACGCGAUGACAAUUGGGUUCUCGCUCGCGGAUUCUCGAGUACGCGAAACUAACUCGAUUGAACCGCGGCUUAUCAAAGUGGUCAGAUUAGAAUCGGCUACGUCUAGACUAGAAUCGUGUCGCGGGCAACGAUUGUCACACUUGCGUCGAGAGAAAGUUCGCCGUGCGCGCAGGCUUUUUUCCACGCUCGAGGCCCCGAACUGUGCUCGAUUCUCUCGAUUACUGGUUGUCGCGAUUUGAGUUUGAAGGAAAAGGAAAGAGGUAUCAUAUAUAUAUAUAUAUAUAUAUUAUAUAUAUGCGCGCAUCUUACGAAAGUGAGAACGGAGGAGAGAAAAAAAACUCGAGCCGUCACCAAAAUAUUUUCCCAUCUCGAAAUGAAGUUUCUCGCUUCUUCUAUCCGUCACGCGAAUACACCGUUUCGGCUCGUAGAACAAUCGCGUUUGUCCGUAUUUCAAAAUACAAAGUCGGCAUGUUACAUCCAUUGCACGAUUGUGCGUAUCAGUGAGAUCGAGCGUGGCCGAUCGUGACAUGAAGGAAACGAGGGGAAAAAGAGAAAGAGGGAGAAAGAGAGAGAAGGGGAAUCGGAGAAACCGGUAAUUUACGUUCACCGAGUGAUUGCCGCAACGUUGAACACCUGUAUACAAACUGUACGUGAGCCGAUCGUCGAGCUCAUUUUUCGAUUAGCCUGAAUUCGAUCGUCCGGAUUUUAAUCAAGUAACACGGCUCGAUAUCGUUAAGUAUCUAAAGAGAUAAAUGAUAAGUAUCGCGAGACGUGUAUGCUUGCGACGUUUUCACGAUUAAAAUAAUUACGAGUGAAAUUUGUAUAUAAUUGAUUAAUCUCAUUUUGUACCUGAAAUUGUUCUAUAUACGACCUCUUUCUCUUAGGCUAUAUUAUAGUUUAAUUUUUGUUACAUGUUUCUCAUUGCGAUUGUAAAUAAGUGUCUAAUUAUUGAUUUAUAUGAUUUAUAUAUACAAUAUAAAAAAAAAAAAAUA